UGUGUGUGUGUACUAACAGGGGAUAGGUCAACAGGGAGGGCUCCCAAACUGAGAAAUUGGGGCUACUACAAGCAGGACACAGGCCUCAAAUAUUCCAGGAGAGUGGCCCCGUGAAGGAGUUUGAAAGAAAUUGGGAAUUACAUCCUGGGCAUAGUUUUGCAAACAGUGGGGGAGGUGAGAGUUGCAGGGUAUGCCUGUGAAAGAUGCCAGAGGCUAGGUCUGGGUUUAGUCCAGUUGACAGGAGGUAGGAGAUUAGAACACUGAACUCCCAGAAAAGCAUGAGAGAGGAUUAGUAAGUCGUGUUUUAGAGAACAGUAGAUCCUAUUUCCUGUAUUUUUUUAGAAGACAGUCUUCCCAUACUGACAAUUCACACAGAAAUCAGCCUCCUGGGACAUGUUGGUGUUAAAGCCUGCUUCUUCUCCUGAACCCCAGCAGAAUACAAGUGGACCAGUGGAUGAUUUCUCUUGUCUGAGCAAGAGAUGGCAUAAUCCCUGGAAUCUGUCUACCACUAGCCUCUGAGCUUUAAAAGCCAGCUGGAUGAAGGGAUGUAACACGCGCCUGGGAGGGACACUGAAAGCAACAGUGGGGGGGGAGGGGCCCGGACACACCCCUUCCCCCCCCGACUCCUCCCCCUCAGGGUCCACGGGGCCAUGGACUUUGGACCUGGAUCAGUGGAGAGAAGCUGUACUUUGGGUGGUUCUGAUUCUCAGUUUGGGAAAUGAAGUUUUGGGGGGGGGUGCUGGUGAUCUCCAGAGAAGCAACAGAGAGAAGAAAAGAAAGGUACAUGGCUUCUUCCUACUCUCAGCCUAGAAGAAUAAACCCUUAGACUGUGGGGAACUGAGCCAGGCAAGCCAAAGGCAGCCUUGAGCCCUUCCCCUGCCUGUCCUCCCCUGCGGGGGCCAGGAUGCUGAAGAAGCAGUCUGCAGGGCUUGUGCUUUGGGGUGCUAUCAUCUUUGUGGGCUGGAAUGCCCUGCUGCUUCUUUUCUUUUGGACACGCCCAGCACCUGGCAGGCUGCCCUCAGACAAUGCCCUUGGUGAUGACCCUGCCAGCCUCACCCGUGAGGUCAUCCACCUGGCUGAGGACGCUGAGGCGGAGUUGGAGCGGCAGCGGGGACUGUUGCAGCAAAUCAAGGAGCAUUAUGCUUUGUGGAGGCAGAAGUGGAGAGUUCCCAGUGUGGCCCCUCCAGCCUGGCACCAUGUGCCUGUGACCCCUUCACCAGCUGUGAUCCCUAUCCUGGUCAUUGCCUGUGACCGCAGCACUGUCCGGCGCUGCUUGGAUAAGUUGUUGCACUAUCGGCCCUCAGCUGAGCGUUUCCCCAUUAUUGUCAGUCAGGACUGUGGGCACGAAGAGACAGCACAGGUCAUUGCUUCCUAUGGCACUGCAGUCACUCACAUCCGACAGCCGGACCUGAGUAACAUUGCCGUGCAGCCAGACCACCGCAAGUUCCAGGGUUACUACAAGAUUGCCAGGCACUACCGCUGGGCACUAGGCCAGAUCUUCAACAAGUUCAAGUUCCCGGCCGCUGUGGUAGUGGAGGAUGAUCUGGAAGUGGCACCAGACUUCUUUGAGUACUUCCAGGCCACCUACCCACUGCUGAGAACAGACCCCUCCCUUUGGUGUGUGUCUGCUUGGAAUGACAAUGGCAAGGAGCAGAUGGUCGACUCGAACAAACCUGAGCUGCUCUAUCGAACAGAUUUUUUUCCUGGCCUUGGAUGGCUGCUGUUGGCUGAUCUGUGGGCAGAGCUGGAGCCCAAGUGGCCCAAGGCCUUCUGGGAUGACUGGAUGCGCAGACCUGAGCAGCGGAAGGGACGGGCUUGUAUUCGUCCAGAAAUUUCAAGAACUAUGACCUUUGGUCGCAAGGGUGUGAGCCAUGGACAGUUCUUUGACCAGCACCUGAAGUUCAUCAAGCUGAACCAGCAGUUCGUGCCCUUCACCCAGUUGGACCUGUCGUACCUGCAGCAGGAGGCCUAUGACCGGGACUUCCUUGCCCAGGUCUAUGGUGCCCCCCAGCUGCAGGUGGAGAGAGUGAGGACCAAUGACCGGAAGGAGCUGGGGGAGGUGCGGGUACAGUACACUACCAGAGACAGCUUCAAGGCCUUUGCUAAGGCCCUGGGUGUCAUGGAUGACCUCAAGUCUGGUGUCCCCAGGGCUGGCUACCGUGGCAUUGUCACUUUCCAGUUCCGGGGCCGGCGUGUCCACCUGGCACCCCCACAGACGUGGAAUGGCUAUGAUCCUAGCUGGAAUUAGCAGCACCUGCCUUCCCUCCUGGGUCUCCUUGCUGUGUGAUGAGCUGGGGCAGGCCUGCAGGCCCUGGGCUAUACCAUCCUGCCAGUGUCCUCUCUCUUGGAUCUGUAGAUCUUCCCUUCUGUCCUGGCUAUCCCCCAAGUGGCAUUCUAGUGCACACAUCAUAGGAUGAGGGUUAUACUCCUGUUGUCAAAGGAGUAUUGUGUGGUAUGUUCAGGGUGUAUUGAACAAGAAACCACUGUGUGGUAUGGGGAGGGUUGGGCCUGUUGGAGCCAGGCUUGUAGUGGCCUGAGUUCUCUCCAGGGGCCUCUGCGGAGAGCUUGGCAGCUCUAGCUCUCUCUCCUGACCAGGCCUCUCAACCCUAAGCUGACUCCUGUCAGUACAGGAGUCCACUUUAUGUACCUGUCCCCCUUUCUCCACCUUCCCUGAGUGUGGGGCUGGAUUAUGGAAGAAGGAAUGGAUUUGUGGCCAAAUGAGACUAACCAAAGGGGUUCACUGUCAGCGUCAGGCUGGAUUGCUGGGCUGCCGGGGUCACCGCCUCUGGCUUCUUUUCUGCUGACUUUGCUCUUGUCCUGCAGCAGAGCAGUGUGGUGCUGUAAGACGGAAGGAGGAACGAAAGCAAGCCUUUCCAGUGGGGGAGCCAUUGUCAGGAGUGGCAGGCAGAAAGCCUGUGCUUGGGCACCCCCCUUCUUGCCCGUGGCCCCACUCCCUUCUGAAGGUUAGUUUCCUCCACAUUCUUUAGGAGGAUUCAGGGCCAGCCUAGUGGAAGACAGUGGCUCCAUGCCUCUUUUCCCCAGGGGUUUGGUGCAGAGGUUCCUCUCUGAGGCCUUGCUCCUGGUGGCUGUCUCAGCAAAGACACCAGCAGCUGAGAACAGGCCAUCCGUGGUCCUGAGCCGGCUCCUGUCCUCUGCCUUCCCAAGCAUCCCCACAUCUUCCCAGGCCAAGAUGCAGGCAGCAGGCUGGAGAGAAGUCUGUGUGUCUUUGUUUGUUGCCUGACCUUAGUUUCAUGGAAGAAGAUGGAAUCUACAGAAUUAUUUUCAAAAAUAAAGUAAAGGCUGAAUUGUCUGAAAAA